AUGGAGAAAACAUCUUCAGAUUCACUUCCUCUUACUGUGAAUUCUUCAGAAAAGCAUGAGACUGUAUGUAUUUUUGGAACUGGAGAUUUUGGAAGAUCACUGGGACUUAAAAUGCUGCAGUGUGGUUAUUCUAUUGUUUUUGGAAGUCGAAACCCCCACAUGUCCAGUCUGCUGCCCAGCGAUGCAGAGGUCUUGAGCUAUUCAGAAGCAGCCCAGAAAUCUGACGUCAUAAUCAUAACAGUCCACAGAGAGCAUUAUGAUUUUCUCACAGAACUAAUUGAGGUUCUCAAUGGGAAAAUAUUGGUUGAUGUCAGCAACAACCUCAAAAUCAAUCAGUAUCCAGAAUCUAACGCAGAAUACCUUGCUCAGUUGGUGCCGGGAGCCCGAGUAGUAAAAGCAUUUAACACCAUCUCGGCCUGGGCUCUCCAGUCAGGAGCACUGGAUGCAAGUCGGCAGGUGUUUGUCUGUGGAAAUGACAGCAAAGCCAAGCAAAGAGUGAUGGAUAUUGUUCGUACUCUUGGACUUACUCCAUUGGAUCAAGGAUCUCUCAUGGCAGCCAAAGAAAUUGAAAACUACCCCCUGCAACUAUUUCCAUUGUGGAAGUUCCCCUUCUAUUUGUCUGCUGUUCUGUGUGCCUUCCUCUUUUUCUACUGUGUUAUAAGAGAAGUAAUCUACCCUUAUGUUCAUGAAAAGAAGGAUAGCACAUUUCGCAUGGCUAUUUCCAUUCCAAAUCGUGUCUUUCCAAUAGCAGCCCUUACGCUGCUUGCAUUGGUUUACCUCCCCGGUGUUAUUGCUGCCAUUCUGCAGCUGUACCGAGGUACAAAAUACCGCCGAUUCCCAGACUGGCUUGACCACUGGAUGCUUUGCAGAAAGCAGCUUGGCUUGAUAGCACUGGGAUUUGCCUUCCUUCACGUCAUCUACACACUUGUGAUUCCGAUUCGUUAUUAUGUACGAUGGAUGUCGAGAAAUAUGACCAUCACUCAGGCAACAACCAAGAAAGAAAAUCCAUUUAGUACCUCUACGGCCUGGCUUAAUGAUUCAUAUAUAUCUUUGGGAAUCCUUGGAUUUUUCCUAUUUGUACUUUUGGGAAUCACUUCCUUACCAUCAGUUAGCAACACGGUCAACUGGAGAGAGUUCCGAUUUGUCCAGUCCAAACUGGGUUAUUUGACUCUGAUCUUGUGCACAGCCCACACCCUGGUGUACGGGGGAAAGAGAUUCCUCAGUCCUUCAAUUCUCAGAUGGUAUCUUCCUUCAGCCUACGUGAUAGCGCUCAUCAUUCCUUGCACUGUGUUGGUGAGCAAGUUUAUCCUCAUCCUGCCGUGCAUAGACAGGACCCUUACACGGAUCCGCCAGGGUUGGGAAAGGAACUCGAAAUCCUCGAAAUCAGCAUUGAAUGGAAAAACAGAUAUUUAAAGCAAAGUUCAAUUCACCCAGACUUCUAAACUACAUAGUAUGCAUCGUAUGUUUAAAGAAGAAUAAUGGGUACAGUUGAGAAAGCAUUUUUCUCCCACCAUGGCCUGAAGUUUGUGAACAGAGAAGUAAAUGUUGCCUGACUUUGAGAAAUUGACAACGUUUUAUCGCCAGUUAGUAAUAAAUCAGGGCAGGUCCCUGCCUCUCCUUUUCCUGGAGGCAGCAGAGCUGAGAUCACAAUUAGCUUUGUGGUUUCACCCUAGGAAGCUUCUCUGUUGUGGGCAACAUGGCAUGACCUAAUGUCUUGCAAAAUCCAGGGGAAGUACAUGCAACUUCUCUCUCUGGUUCAAGGCCUGAGUGGAGUGAAAGAGAAAACAGUAAGGUGGUGUCCGAUGAUAAAGACUUUAUGAGGUAUGUCUGAAGAAGAGGACCAAAUAAAGUAAAAGGAACGAGAUUUUUUAAAAUUGUUUUUUGGAAGUGAAGGUGAUCAUAAAUAUUACCAUAGUGAAUUCUGUGGUUAAAUGUGCUCUUUGAUUUUGCCUUUACCAAUAUGGAUGUGUACCGUGGGGAAAUAUUUUAUAACACAACAAAAAUAUCACAAUUGAUUGGAAGUAACCAUGGGUUGUAUAUAUGCAAAUCUAUGCAGUUAUCACAAGAUCUUUCCUCUACAAAGAAUAGGUGUAGGAAAGACUGAGUUAAAAUUGAGGGAUAUCCAGUUGGAUUUUCUCAAGGUCCAAUAAGCAAGGAAGGGUUGAUAAAACAAAAAGUUCAAAUAAACCAGAAUUUUAGACAGCAAGCUAAAUAAAUUUUGUAAAGUUGCACUAUAUUAGGUUUGGUAUUAUUUAGGUAUUGUAGUAUGCUUUGUAAAUAAUAUAUUCCAAAUAUUGUUCAACAUUAAUCACUAUGAAAUGAAUUUCUAGUAUAAAAAAGUAGCUUCCAAAAUUUGUCAUAGUUUAUUAUAAUUUUAAGUAGUGAAAUUAAAUGAAUAAUGAAAGUGUUAGUUUGACGGAUGCACAGAGGAGAGAGAAUUAUGGAAAUGAAAGUCAGGGCGGAGAGGUGUGAGCAGUGGUUGUAAUAUGAGACUUGGUUCUUUCUCAAAUCCUUGCUGGAAUGCAGGAUGGUUCUGUUUUCUGUGCUGAUAGUGCCAUUUCCAAGAUGACCUUCAGCAGGAUUAGGCUUCCUGGCUCAUGCCUGGAGUUAAAAGGAGCCUUACGCGUGAUCUUCCCACAUACCAAAAUAACCAAAAGCUUUGGGUUUGACAUUUUUCUGCCCGGUUUACAAAGGCCAUUUAUUUUUCUCUUUUUUUACUUUUAUUAUCAUAUAUUCUACAUGACAUUAUAUAAAAUGAUUCAAUAUAUUCAAACAUCACCCACAAUCCAGGAUAUUUUUCUAUAAAACUUUUUGAAAAUAGUUCUAGCUAUAAUGUAUAUUCAAUUUUAUAUCCUUCCUUUUUCACUUACUACAUCAGUGGCUUUGUUCUCUUACUUACAAGGUAUAUGUAUUUAAUUAGUGGCUGCAUAAUAUUACAUCAAAUGGGCAUUUAUUUAAUCACUGCCCUAAUUAAACAUGUAGGUUAUAUCCAUUUUUUACUAAAACAAAUAAGAUUUCAGAGAAUAUCUUAGCACUUUUAACCUUUUUCCAUAUUUUAAAUUAUUUCCUCAGAAUACUUGCCAAGAAUUGGGAUUACAAAAUUAAAGAACUUUUUAUUGCAUUUGAUAUAUAUUGCAAAAUUAUUUCUUAAGUGCCUUUGUCAAUAUCAUCAGCACUGGAUGAGGGUAUUGGUCGCAUCAUACCCUUAUAGAUUUUGUUUUUUAUUUCAAUUUGUGUUCACUGAGAACAUACACAGAACAUAUGCUCCAUUAAUUCAUCCUUGAUUCACCCAAUCGAGGAUAUAAAAAAGCUGGAAGACUCUGAGCAGAGCUGUGGUGUGUGGUGCUGACCCCAGAGCAUCAGUGGGAAGGAGGGGGAAAACGUCACUUACUCAUCCACUCUGUUUUAUGCAAAACAGCCAAGUGUUUAGGGUUAGAGCCUGCUCUUUGGCUACAGGUUGGUUGAUUAAAGAUUAAGUACUAUCCAGGCUGAUCUAAGGAAAGCCUUUGGGGUUAACCAUGCUCCCUUUUGGUAAAAGAAUAAUAUGUUUUUACUGGGUCAUAGUUCACUAAAAAUAGAAAAUGCCAUACCUAGGUAAAAAAGCUUCCCUAGAGUAAAAAGGACUCCACUUUUAUAACCUAGUAAAAAUGCUCUUCCUGGGUACUUAAGAAAAGCCACCCAUGAAGCUAGGAGUUAAAGAGCGCCCUGGUGGUUUUGGCAUAACAGUGCAUUGCCAGGCCCAACCCUCAGCCUCAACCACAAGGGCUCCAAGCCCCACCAGCUGACCAGAGAAGCCAAUUUCCUCUUUUCCUCCCUGCGAAUAUCCAUCCCUCCCCAAACCAUCAAGCCAGUUUGACCGUCCUAACACAGCUGACUCCUUCAGUUUACUGCAGGUGGAAAGAACAAGUUUGGAACAGAUGGAAAUAGGUGUGUUGGGUAAACUGUAUUCCUUUUAACAGGUCCAAACUGUUCUACAUGAAAAAGUUAGACUAAAUGUCUUCACUGCUGGUGUGUUUCCUGUAUUCUAGGAAAAUUUUUAUUAAACUCAUAGACCUUUUAUUUUUGUAUGUUUUCCCCACGUUAAGGGAUGACUGCCUUUGUAAAU